GGGUUGAAAUGGCGUUACUUAGAAGCUGGGUUCGUUCUGGGAAGAAUGUUUUUGAUGUGAUCUUGCGAAGGGAGCUCCACAAAACCGCGCCGGCUUUAAUGCAGGUCACUGUUCGGGAUGCUCUGAAGCAGGCCAUGGAUGAGGAGCUGGAGAGAGAUGAGCGAGUGUACCUGCUGGGGGAGGAGGUGGCACAGUAUGAUGGUGCAUACAAGAUCAGUCGAGGACUCUGGAAGAAAUAUGGGGAUAAGCGAAUAAUUGACACUCCUAUUGCAGAGAUGGGCUUUUCUGGAAUUGCAGUCGGUUCUGCUAUGGCUGGCUUGAGGCCAAUUUGUGAGUUCAUGACUUUCAAUUUCGCUAUGCAAGCCAUUGACCAAAUUAUAAACUCUGCUGCCAAGACAUACUACAUGUCUGCUGGGCUGCUGCCCGUCCCCAUCGUGUUCCGAGGCCCCAAUGGCAAUGCUACUGGAGUGGCAGCCCAGCAUUCCCAGUGCUUUGCAGCCUGGUAUGGGCAGUGUCCUGGGCUCAAGGUGCUCAGCCCCUGGAACGCCGAAGAUGCUAAAGGACUCCUCAAAGCUGCCAUCAGAGAUGACAACCCAGUUGUGUUUCUUGAAAACGAGCUGUUGUAUGGCGUUGCCUUUGAGGUCUCUGAAGAAGCUCAGUCCAAAGACUUUGUUCUCCCUAUUGGAAAGGCAAAGGUAGAGAGGCAAGGCACAAGCAUUACCCUGGUCUCCCACACAAUUUAUGUCGGGCACUGUCUGGAUGCAGCAACAAUUCUGGCUAAAGACAUUGAGUGUGAGGUCAUCAAUCUCCGCAGUAUCCGGCCCCUGGACAUGGAGGCGAUUGAGAAAAGCGUGGCGAAGACCCAUCACUUGGUCACAGUGGAGGGGGGGUGGCCACAGUUUGGCGUCGGAGCGGAAAUCUGCGCCAGGAUCAUGGAAGGCCCAGGCUUUAACUAUCUGGAUGCGCCAGUGAUCCGGGUGACUGGUGCAGACAUCCCCAUGCCAUAUGCAAAGAUCCUUGAAGAACACAGUGUACCUCAGAUAAAGGACAUCAUUUCUGCAGUGAAACAGUCCUUGAAUAUGUGA